AUGGCACCCAAGCGAGUCCUGAUUACUUAUGGCGUGGAUGUUGAUGCUGUGGCCGGCUGGCUGGGCUCGUAUGGCGGAGAGGAUUCUACAAACGACAUCAGCAGGGGAUACUGGGCCGGAACCAUCGGGACUCAGCGUCUAUUGAAAAUGUUUGCUAAAUACGACAUCAAGACGACAUGGUUCAUCCCCGGUCACUCACUCGAGACCUUCCCCGAGGACAUGGCUGCCGUUCGCGAUGCGGGACACGAGAUCGGCCUGCACGGGUACUCCCACGAGAACCCGACGGAUAUGUCGAUAGAGCAGCAGCGCGAUGUACUCGAUAAAACAUACAAGAUGUUGACCGCGUUUGCCGGAAAACCUCCUCGCGGUAGCGUGGCACCUUGGUGGGAAACCAGCCGAGAAGGCGCCCAACUCCUCCUCGACUACGGCAUUGAGUACGACCACAGCAUGAGCCACGAAGAUUGCCAGGCCUACUACCUGCGAACGGGCGACAGCUGGACUAAGAUCGACUACAAGAAGAAGGCGGAGGAAUGGAUGAAGCCUCUUGAGCAUGGACCGCAAACUGGACUUGUUGAGAUUCCGUCCAACUGGUACAUUGACGACCUGCCACCAAUGAUGUUCAUCAAGAGUGCGCCGAACAGCCAUGGGUUUGUGAACCCGCGUGACGUGGAAGAUAUCUGGCGCGACCAUUUCGACUACUUCUAUCGCGAGUAUGACGAGUUUAUCUUCCCGAUUACUAUUCACCCGGAUGUUUCCGGAAGGCCUCAUGUACUUCUUAUGCAUGAAAGACUGAUUGAGCACUUUAAGAAACAUGAAGGUGUCGAAUUUGUGACUAUGGAACAAGUAUGUGACGAUUUUAAGAAGAAGAACACGCCUCCACCAGGGGCAUUGAUGCCAGCAAAGGCAGGGGCUAUGCUGCAGAAGUGA